GUCCCUAUAAAAGCGCCGCGAUCCGCCGAACGCCGGUCCAGUAGUCACACAUCGCAGACACGCGACGGCCACUUUGAGGUAAACGCGUUUACACCGGAGUACCCUUGUGCAUAUAAAAUAUAGUCCGACUUUCUGACAAAGACAAGUAAGUCGUUAUUAUUAUUAUAAUGCCCGCCACAGCAGCCGCAAAUUACGCGCUCAUGCACCCGAUCGGACCGAUGGCCGUCGUACAGGACAAUAAAAAACCGCAUUUGUCGUACCAUCACAAUAACCAGUGCGCCGACGAGAAGACGCCGGCGAUUUGCGAUUUUCGGAGCGCGCCCAACGCGGCUGAACACGAGCAGUUCGUCCGGGACGCGGUCGGGUUGAUGCUCAAACAGGCCGUGUUCCGGGCGACGGACCGCCGGAGUCCCGUGCUCAACUGGAAGAGCCCCGAACAGUUGCAGGCCGCGUUCGACUUCAAGUUGAACCAUUCAGCCACCACGCACGGUCACUUGUUGCAGUUGAUCGAGGACACCAUCGAGCACAGUGUCAAGACGGGACAUCCGUAUUUCAUCAACCAGCUCUUUUCCAGGUAAGGACGAAUAUCCUAAAAUUAUAGAUUUAAAAACAUAAUAAAAUUCCUAUGCACAGCGUUGACCCGUACGGCCUUAUUGGACAGUGGCUGACGGACGCGUUAAACCCGAGCGUGUACACGUUCGAAGUGGCACCGGUAAUGACCAUCAUGGAGGAAACGGUAUUGACGGAAAUGAGGAAAUUUUUGGGUUACCCCGACGGCAAGGGCGACGGUAUAUUUUGUCCGGGAGGUUCGAUAGCCAACGGUUAUGCGAUCAAUUGUGCAAGAUAUCACGCUUUCCCGGAAGUCAAGGUAGGUAGCAUUCGUGGAGUUUUUCGCGGGUUUAUUAUCAAUUACAAUAAUCGAUAUGAUUUGCAGACGAAAGGGAUGCACGGUUUACCCAGGUUGGUGGUUUAUACGUCAGUCGACGCGCAUUAUUCGAUCAAAAAAUUAUGUGCGUUCGAGGGCAUUGGUUCGGAUAAUUUGUAUCUGAUCAACACGGAUGCUAAGGGAAAAAUGGACGUGGCCCAUUUGAGACGGCAAAUUCAAAAGACGCUGGAGGAAAACGCCGUGCCGAUCAUGGUGUCAGCUACCGCUGGUAAGUGCGGAUUGGUUUUUCACGAAAAUAUAUUAAAUUUACUUUUUUUUCUAAGUAGAACGAAAGUAUUAAAACGUUAAAACCAAUAAAUUAGCGAUGAUUUAUGUGAACCUCGUUUACAAACCAUGCAAUUAUUUACUUAUAUAAUUAUCAACGAAUAUUUUGAAAUAAAAAAAAUAAUUAUCAUGUUGUCUAUUGUUAGUAAUAUAAUUAUAAUAUAACACUGGCAGAUUUAUACGCAUUAUUAUCGACGUAGUAAAAAGAAAAUACUAUCGAUAGAAAUUCGAAGAUUUCAAUAAACGAAAAAAAAAAAAUAGUGCCACUUUGUAUACAUCACAUAUAGUUUUGAACAUUUAUAACUGCAGUUUGCCAUUAGUAUACAAUUAUUAUUAUUUAAAGGAAUAAUUUACAUGUAUAUAUUUGGAUGCUAAAAAGUGAAAGCUACGGAAACCGCGAAGGCAAACCGCGAACUGCAAUUUGGUAUUAGUUUAUGUAGGUAAUAAUAAUAUUAUAGACGGUAGACAAUCAUCGUGAAAACUGGCAAUUACUGUUUCUAUUCCACUGCGGAAAAACAAUCUAAACCGUUUCUAUUUAUGAUAUAAUAUAAGCCUACAUGCACAGUACACAUAAUAUUGUAAUUGCAUGUUUUACACUUCGGUGUAUCGGUGAAUUUCAAAUAUACCUAAUAAUUAUCGUUACAACAUGUUCAAUUUAUAUUCAAUGUUCAAUUAUAUAGAUAUUUUAAAUACUAUUCUGGUACAGGUACGACCGUGUUGGGCGCUUUCGAUCCUAUCGAAGAAAUCGCCCGAGUCUGUCAAGAAUAUGGGAUUUGGUUACACGUGGACGCCGCAUGGGGAGGCGGAGCUCUGGUGUCUAAAAAACACAGGCACCUGUUGACCGGAAUCCAUAGGUAACAAUAAUAAUAUACAAGACUGCAGUGAGAUAUCCAUAGGGAAUAAUUUCCGCCCACACUUAUAAACGGCGAGUCAAUUUUAUCGUUUUUUCACUUUUUCGCAGGGCUGACUCAGUGACGUGGAAUCCACACAAAAUGCUUACCGCGCCCCAACAGUGUUCGACCUUUUUGACCAAACACGAGCACGUGCUCACCGACAGCAAUUCUUCCUGCGCCCAAUAUCUGUUCCAGAAGGACAAGUUUUACGACACGUCGUACGACACCGGCGACAAGCACAUACAGUGCGGACGUCGGGCGGACGUGUUUAAAUUUUGGUUUAUGUGGAAGGCCAAGGUAAUAACAGAAUACGCUGAAAAUAUAAAUUUCUCGCGGCUAUACAUCAUAUAAAUACUACUUUAAAUGGUAUUUGAUUUUUGUUUUUUUUUUUUCAUUUCGUGGCAAUUCCUAUAGUUAAACAAAUAAUACCUAACUAUUUAUAUUGAAAUCUAAUUUCCGUUCGUUUCGUCGUUUCGCUAUAGGGAACAGACGGACUUGAGGCGCAUGUCAACGAGAACUUCGACAACGCCAAAUAUUUCACCCAAAAAAUACGCAACAGGGUGGGUUUCGAAUUGGUACUCGAUGAACCGGAAUACACAAACAUCACGUUUUGGUACGUACCGCCCAGUUUGCGGGGACGUCAAAACGAACCGGAUUUCAAGAAUAAACUGCACAAGGUCAGUACACUUAACUAUACAAUUAAUAUUACUAUAGUUGAUGCUGGGGACAGUGACAAUAAGGCCCUAAACGUUUCAUUCAUUGCCCCGUCGCCCAGGCAAUUAAAAUUAAUUUUUAAAGGGAGCCCCUAAUUAAUAAUAAAAAUUAUAUUAUGCUUUUGUUGUCGGUUUUUUGUAUAGGUGGCACCUAAAAUCAAAGAGAGGAUGAUGAAAGAAGGAACGAUGAUGAUCACUUAUCAGCCCGUCAACGAUUUGCCGAAUUUCUUCAGGCUCGUACUGCAAAACUCGUCGUUAACCACUGCGGAUAUGGAUUAUUUCGUCGACGAGAUCGAACGAUUAGGUUCGGAUUUGUAGUGAUUGAUGUGGAAGGUUCCUAUAUUGUAUGCGAAAAAAAAAAAAAACGAAAAACCGUAGACUUUUAAUAUCUAUUUUAUUUUUUAAUUUUUUCACGAGCUCGAUAUUGCACACGCACACGAAAUAUUAAAUUAUAUAAAUUAUAGUAAAAUAUAUUGUAUGCAUUGUUGUUAUUAUUAUUAUUAUUAUUAUUCCUAUAAUAUUUACGUAAGCUUUACGUAUAUAACGAGAGUUUACACCACUUUUAUGUAGGUAAUAGAAUAGAAUAUUUUAUAUUUAUAUAGCGUUUUUAAACAACAAUAUAAUGUUUAUAAAAUAUUUAUGCAGUGAUUAUAAACGAUAUAUAUAUAAAUAUAAUUUAUUGUAAUAAAAAAAUAAUAUGUUACUAUAUUAUAAUAUUAUAGUGAAUAAUAAUGUGUCAUGUACGACGAGAG